GCCUUCCAGAAUGGAGCCGUUCCAGGAGAGCCGGUGAGGAGGGAUGAAAACUCCCGCAGAGGAAACUGGGGGAACCAGAUAGAGUUUGUCCUCACCAGCGUGGGUUAUGCAGUUGGCUUGGGAAAUGUUUGGAGGUUCCCCUACCUCUGCUACAGGAAUGGAGGAGGUGCUUUCAUGUUCCCUUACUUCAUUAUGCUGGUGUUCUGUGGCAUCCCCUUGUUCUUCCUGGAGCUCUCCUUCGGACAGUUCACCAGCUUGGGAUGUCUGGGAGUGUGGAAGGUCAGCCCCAUGUUCAAAGGCGUGGGCUAUGGCAUGAUGGUGGUUUCUACAUAUAUUGGAAUCUACUAUAACGUGGUGAUCUGCAUAGCCAUCUACUACUUCUUCAUGUCCAUGACCAACCUGCUGCCCUGGACCUACUGCAACAACCCGUGGAAUACGCCGGAAUGCAGCGGGGUGGUGAGCUCCUAUCGAGCCAACGCCACCCUGGCUAACGUCUCUGCCGUGGUGUCAGGAGUGACUGAGAUAGUCAACCGCACCAAGAGAACCAGCCCCAGUGAGGAAUACUGGAGAAACCAAGUACUGAACAUCUCCGACGGGAUUGGGAACUUCGGGGAGGUUCGUCUGCCCAUCCUGGGCUGUCUGGCUGUGUCCUGGGUGGUGGUUUUCCUCUGUCUUAUCAGGGGGGUCAAGUCCUCAGGCAAGGUGGUGUACUUCACAGCAACCUUCCCCUAUGUGGUGCUGACUAUUCUGUUCAUCAGGGGCAUCACCCUGGAUGGGGCCAUCAAUGGAAUCAAAUACUAUCUAACCCCCCAGUGGCAGAAAAUCCUUGAUGCCAAGGUGUGGGGAGACGCUGCGUCUCAGAUCUUCUAUUCUUUAGGCUGUGCCUGGGGAGGACUCAUCACUAUGGCAUCUUACAACAAGUUUCAUAACAACUGCUUCAGAGACAGCAUCAUCAUCAGUGUGACCAACUGCGCGACCAGCGUGUACGCUGGCUUUGUCAUCUUCUCCAUCCUGGGCUUCAUGGCCCAUCACCUGGGUGUGGACGUGUCCCAGGUGGCGGACCACGGUCCCGGCCUGGCCUUCGUGGCUUACCCAGAGGCCCUCACUUUACUGCCCAUCUCUCCCCUCUGGUCCCUGCUCUUCUUCUUCAUGCUUAUCCUGCUGGGAUUGGGAACUCAGUUCUGCCUGCUGGAGACUCUGGUCACUGCUAUAGUGGAUGAAAUUGGGACUGACUGGAUUAUCAGGAAUAAGACACUGGUUACGCUGGGAGUGGCUGUAGUAGGUUUUCUCCUGGGUGUGCCCCUGACCACACAGGCAGGGAUAUACUGGUUACUGCUGAUGGAUAAUUACGCUGCUAGUUUCUCUCUGGUCAUCAUCUCCUGCAUUAUGUGCAUUUGCAUCAUGUAUGUUUACGGCCACAGGAAUUACUUUAAAGAUGUGGAGAUGAUGCUGGGUUUCCCUCCUCCUAUCUUCUUCAGGCUCUGCUGGAGAUUUGUCUCCCCGGUCAUCAUCAGUUUCAUUCUGAUCUUUACAGUGAUCCAGUACAAGCCAAUAACCUACAACAACUACGUCUAUCCGAGCUGGUCUCUAGUCAUCGGCUUCUGUAUGGCUUUGUCCUCUGUUAUCUGCAUACCCCUCUACGCUCUCUUCAAGAUCUUCAUGUCUGAGGGCUCCACAUUUUUAGAGAAGUUGAAGAACUCAGUUAAGCCUGAUCCUAAUUGGGGACCGGCCCUACAGGAGCACCGCAAGGGUAGGUAUGCGUCCGUGGGACCUGACGCCGUGGAAGUUUGCCAGUUGAAGGAGGAACUGAAAGAAAAGGAAGACGAGAAAGAGAGGGAGAGGGAGAAAGAGAAGAAAGACGAGAUCAGUCUGACCAUCCAGGGCAGCAACGGCUCCACAGUGAAACCCCACUCCCAGCGCAUAGAGGUGCCCGGAAUAUGCCAGGGGCCUGGAGCUUUGGAGCGACAACAAAGGGCAGCUCGCGAAGAGAAAGCUGCUCACGCGAGGGCCGUGACACGACAUGGUUUCUGUACUGUAGCACAGUUUUUAACACUGCCCCUCAUGGCAAAAACGAAAUGA